ACUAAUUUUUUUAAUAAUUUAAAUAUUCAAUAUAGUUAUUGAAGAUCAAAUAAAGAGACUUUUUGACCUUCAUGAAAAGAUGUUUGAUCAAACCAUGAUUAUGUUUCAGAAACAAGAAAAGUCUAUGAGCCAAAUUCAAACACAAAUCAAACAAAUUAGAUCUAUAACUGAAAAAUUGGAAAGUAAUAUAGAAGGAAAGAAAAAGUCUGAGUGGUGGGAGCAAUAUGUGGAAGAUGGAGUUAAGGAAAUAAUAAAUGAUUGCUUAUAUCAGAAGGAAGAAUCCCUUUCAUUACAUAUAAAAAGACAUUUAACGGUAAUGGCUCCUGAGAAAAUGCAAAAAUAUGAACAACCAACUAAAUGGAACAUCUUGUGGCGGAGAAUUGAGGAAAAGGUUGGUUCAUAUUGCUGUUCAUAUCGUGGAAGUUUAUUCGGAACAAUACGUCGACAUACAUGGUCAUGUUUAAAAGGUCAAUUAGAUAAAGUGGAUACAUCUACUAGCCAAACAGAACUUGCUAUAUGGAAAUCAAGUGAUAAAGUCCGGUAGUGGUACAAAAAUCUUGAAACCUCCGAUGAAGAUAAUGAGUCGCUACUUUAUCAAAUUGUUACAAAAGUGUUUGGUAAAAGUGCAACUAAAAAUAACACUUUUGUAAUUAAGGCAUGUGUUCAAAAUAUGCUGGAUCCUGAACAUCCAAAGAUUGAAAUGGAUGAAGACUAUAUUAUUUCAAAAUUAAUUAAAUAUGCAGUAAGUACAAUGUAAA